AUGACAAACACCAUAUCACCUAAAUCAUUUCAAAGUUCCCUACCCUACGCUCCUAUUCGUCCUUCACCUCUAUCUCCCGCUUCUUCAUCCGUAGCUGAACUCGGAUCACCUAGACCUUCCACAGCCUCACCGGGCAUGUCAUCGUCAGCCAAACUGCUCAAUGCCGUAGGUGUAAAGUUGACAACCGGUGGCAAAGUCAAACCCAGAAUAUUGGGAAUACAAGAUCGUCUCAAAGGAGAGAUUGAUGGUGUGGUCAAACGACGUCAGGGAGGGGUUUUAGCAAGAGGAUUUGUUCUCAAGACCGGUAUGUCACCAAGAUGCAUCAACAUCAAAGCUAAUCAGGAAGAUCAUUAUCCCACAGGAAGAGCCUUGGAUUUGGAUUUGACGAUUUCAGGUGCUCCAAAUUUCAGAGCACCAGAUGAACAGUGUUUGAACGUGUUUGGGGUUGCUCAACCUACUAUAGCAGGAUUGAGAGCUAUACUAACGAUACUCGGAUGUCACCCUUCACCUCCUGCUCCUGCACCAUCACGAAGAGGUUCUUCUACCGGCAUCAUUCCCCCGGGAGCAGCGAGUGUUCCAUUGCGCAAAGGUGAUUCAGACCUCGGAGAGAACGAACCCGCCCAAGUUCAGUUGGGAAGGGCAGCAUGGUUCAGUACACGUGAAGAGACGUUAAUUUACUGUAAUGGCCGACCUUAUGUACUCAGGGACGCUUCAGACCCAUUUAGAACUCUCACUCUUUCAGAUCGAGCUCCCAACUUGGAAGAUAUCGAACGUCGACUUAGACUUGACGUACUCGAAGAGGCUCGUCGGUAUGGUGGUAUGAUUCUCAUUCAUGACGAAGUUACAGACGGAAAUUUGGUGCCCACGUGGAUCAGUGUGGACGAGGAGACAGUAUUCACUCCCAGAGACAUUUGGCACGACAUCAAGGCGCAAGGAUGGAGAUGUGACUAUUGGAGAAUUCCCGUUGCACCGGAUAGAUCAAUAGAAGAUAAUUAUCUCGAUGCCUAUGUGAACGUCUUAAAAACAAUCGAUCCAGUCACCACAUCCCUAGUCUUCAACUGUGGAAUGGGAGUUGUCCGAACCACUUUUGGAAUGUGCGCUGCACUCAUCAUACGACGCAAGCAGUUUCUUCUUCGGUCAUUAGACGACCCUUUUCCAGUCGCCACUGGAGCCUCGGGCUUCACUACCGCUGCUCAAUUCCUGGAGCAAGCCACGCAUCAGCAAACACUCAACAAGAGUCUUCUUCGGUUGACACGGAUACUGGAUAGAAAUCUCCCCUCGAAACACAACACCUCGGCUGUUGAUCUACUAUCGUCUCAUCCCGCCUUACUGGAACAACUCAGGAAAGCUCACAUGGGCAACUAUGGUUUCGUGCUGUCUCUUCUUUCCAGCCUGGAUCAUGGGCGGCAGAUGAAGAGACUUGUCGACGCGGUAAUCGAUAGCUGUGACGCAGUGGUCAACCUACGUGAAAGUGUCAUUGAGAACCGUAUCAAAUACAGUGUAGCGACUCUGGAUGACAAAACACGACAGGCCACUCUGGAGAAGGCUUCGCGUUCUUUGGAGCAAUACUUCGACCUAAUAGCUUUCGCCGAAUAUGUCGAAGAGGAAGACGCUGGAGCGACCGGUGUGACAUUCCAUGAUUGGCUCAAGAAUCGUCCCGAGAUAUGGAACCAAAUCAAGACAAUGCGUCGACAAGGAGGUAACAGGCUAUUCGCCUUUGCGCCUAUCAAUGACUUGAGUCUGAUCUCGCGAUCUACCGAUUUCGAGGGUCAGAGUCGAUCUCGAAUGAGUGGCUCGCGGAUAGGCAAUGUCAAUCUUCAAGGCGGAAAGAUCCUGGGAGAUGAAUGGGCCGACUAUGUGAAAUCCGACUUGUGGUUGACAGAUGCCGCAGCAUCCGUCGAGGGUGUUCGAGGUGCUGUAGGCUUCCGUCAAGUUCGAGGAGGGCCCAUCUUCGCUACUGGUCAACCCACCCAAGAUGCAAUCUACACCAUCUUGGACAAUGUGCAUCUGCGCCUUCCAGGGGUGAGCAAAGUCGUUUGGGUGUGUCUAAGAGAAGAACCAUUAGUUAUGAUCAAUGGUUCUCCUUACUGCUUGCGUCGUGACAGUGUGGCUCUACGAAAUAUGAGAGAUUAUUCUGGCGUCUCGGCUUCACGUCUUGAAGUCCUCGAAGAACGUCUAAAAUCUGAUGUCGUCAAUGAGCUUGCCGAAUUUCAAGGUCGUGUACUCUUACACAGUGAGAGCUCGGACGGACAAGUGAUUCCCGUGUGGGAAAGUGUGGAUAAAGGUGAUGUCGCGUCAAUCCGAGAAGUGAUGGAUCAAGUGGCUGUUAAAGCGAAGCAUGUGGGAGUGGAAUUCGUGCGGAUUCCAAUUACUUCAGAAUCGUCACCCGACUUUCACGAUAUCACCGACAUCCUCAAUCUUUGUCUUCGGACAGAUUUGGAGAAAAGCGCUUUCAUCCUGAACGAUCAGCUCGGACGUGGAAGAAGUUCCAAUACUGCCGUCAUUGUCCUUCUUAUCCAGCGAUGGUUGAAGAGAGAUCGUUCACAAGCCACCACCCGUCCGACUACACCGAUGAAGAAGCGACCCGACUUACAGAGGAUGACGACUCAUGUUCCCAAGACGAGCUGGCAAAUCAUCAAUAGUUGUUUGAGAGUCAUCAGGAAUGGGUUAGAAGUGAAAAAGAUUGUCGAUGAGGCGAUUGAUCGUACCGCUGCACAUUACAACUUGCGGGACGCCAUAGAGGAUGUUCAUGGACAGGCGGAAGCUGCUCCAGAGGGACCGGACAGGAAUCGUCACCUGGAGAAAGGCAUAUUCCUACUGAGACGCUACUAUCAUCUAUUGUUGUUCCAAGCCUACCUCGACGAUCGGGGACCAGAUGAUGAGAAUCCAUAUACUUUCGAAUCUUUCGUCAAACAUCGACCAGUGUUCAAAACUCUAGAGACUGAAUUAGAACGAGGUGGACUACAAGGAUUAACCCCUAUCGAGCGGGUGGAUCCUGCACAAGGUAUGGCUCUCCCAGAUGAGGAAACUCAGGUCGUGGCCAAUCGUAGUGGCGCCAUUUUGUCUGCUCAAACCAUUUUGAAGUCCGACUUCUUCUCUGGACUGCAAAAGCAGAGCUUACCAGAACGAGUUGAAGGUGCAGCCAAUUAUCGCAAGAUACCUUUGCUACUCAUGUCAUCUACCCACCGAGGUGACUUAGGCUCCGAGCACUAUGUCUAUGGUACAGGUAUGCCCAGUGAGACAGGACUACGUAAUGCUCUGGAGAAAAUGGGCGCCAGUCCAAAGGGAUCAAGAAAAAUAGUUUGGACAUCUCUACGAGAAGAGCCAGUCUUAUAUGUCAAAUCUCGCCCUCAUGUCCUUCGUAUAAUUGAUAAACCUCUGACCAACGUUGAAACAACCGGCGUGACAGCUUCCGUCGUCGAGCGUAUGGAAACUACAUUGAAAGACGAUGUUUUAAGAGAGAUCCGACGGAACGAAGGUCGAUUGUUGUUACAUGAUGAGAUAGAGACAAAGCCUGGGACAUACGAAAUUAUCCCUAUAUGGGAAGAUGUCGAAGAAGAUGAGGUGAUGACUCCGAAGGAAUUGUACGAUAGAGUGAUAAGAGAUGGUUAUCGGGUGGAUUAUCAACGAGUGGCUAUCACCGACGAACAAGCACCAUUACCAGCCACAUUACAAGUUUUAGUAAAUCGUAUAGCUCAAGGGAUGGAUGAUCCAACUAUCGAUUUCGUUUUCAAUUGUCAAAUGGGUAGAGGACGUACUACAACAGGAAUGAUCGUAGCUUCUCUCGUCGCUACCAUCGAUAAAGGAGAAGAGGAGGAAGAUGAGGAAGCAGAAGAAAUGUUGGAUGAAAUUGAUUUUGAUGUUCCCGAAGCGACUCAGUAUCUAAAUGGUGAAUAUAAAACAAUUUUACAACUUGUGACUGUUCUAUCACAUGGGAAGCAGGCAAAACGUUUGACUGAUAAAGCUAUCAAUCAUCAAGAAUGUGUACAAAACCUUCGUAAAGCGGUAUACGAUUUCAAGAUCAAGAUUGAAGCUUCUGAAAGGGGUUCAGCAAAGUAUAAAAUGUUGUUACAUCAAGGUGUGAAUUAUUUAUAUCGUUACGGAGCAAUGAUAGUCCUUGCCAAUUUCCUAUUAGAGAUCAAAGAUCAAUACGUUCCUUUGAGAGAAAGUGAUUUCCCCAAAUGGCUCGAACAACAUCGAGAAAUUUCUUCCGUCCUCAGUCGUAAGACUUUGGAUUGAUACCUGUCACAAACAUAACUUUGCUCCCGACGUCUUAUUUUGGUUAAGACAAACAACCUUUAACAAAUCUAGUAUGCUCUAUUGUAUCUACUUGAGCAGAUAUACGCACAAUAUGGGCGCGUGUAUCCUUGUCACUCACCGGUAUGAACAGGAAAUGGGAUAUUUAAGGUGAGAUAGAGAGAAUUAGAUUAUGUGGAUGACCCCACGACUCGACGGUAGAUAGGAGUGAAUAUCAAAUACAUUUGCAUCUACACCAUUUGCAUUAUCUUGUAUCAUUAUCAUGCAUGAUCUAAC